CGGUAAAGUGUAGAGAACAAGCUAAAAGCAAUUGAUCGCAAGCUUAAAGGAAGUAAAUUGCUUAAAAUCGGCUUAAAUUUGCUAAACUUGAAAAUCUUCACAAAAAAGAAAUGGCUUGGUUGUUUAGAUUCCGUAGAUUCCGUGAAAAAGCUAAAAACGUUAAAAAUUUCAAUAAAGUCUAAUAUAAUUAAAUAUUUCAAAUUCCUAAAAGAAUCGCAUCUUGAAGAAAAUAAAAAAAUUAGUAAUUUCGUAAAAUAAUGAAAUUCUUUUAGUAUAUUAUAAAUUAAAAAUGGCAACAGAAGGAGAUAUCCCCACAUUCAAAUGCGUUUUAGUUGGAGAUGGCGGUACUGGAAAGACAACUUUUGUGAAACGUCAUAUGACCGGUGAAUUCGAGAAGAAAUACGUUGCAACUCUCGGUGUUGAAGUUCAUCCUUUGGUUUUCCAUACAAAUCGAGGCGCUAUUCGAUUUAAUGUUUGGGAUACAGCUGGACAGGAGAAGUUUGGAGGACUUCGUGAUGGUUAUUAUAUUCAGGGACAAUGCGCUAUCGUCAUGUUCGACGUUACAUCUCGUAUCACAUACAAAAACGUUCCAAAUUGGCAUCGUGAUCUUGUUCGCGUUUGUGAAAGUAUCCCAAUCGUUUUAUGUGGAAACAAAGUUGAUAUUAAGGAUCGCAAAGUGAAAGCUAAGAGCAUCGUUUUCCACCGAAAGAAAAAUCUCCAAUAUUACGACAUCUCUGCUAAGUCGAAUUACAACUUCGAGAAACCUUUCUUGUGGUUGGCUCGCAAAUUGGUCGGCGAUCCCAACUUGGAGUUUGUUGCUAUGCCAGCUUUAUUGCCACCAGAAGUCAAAAUGGACAAAGCUUGGCAAGAUCAGUUGGAACGAGAAAUGGAAGAAGCUUCAAAAACCGCUCUACCAGAAGACGAUGAAGACUUGUAGACCAAACAUUAAUUAAAUGCUCUUAUAAUUAAACAUUACACACUCUAAAAUUAUUUUUUGAGUUUCUCUUUACCUUUGUUUAAAAUUUAAUUUCUAUUUUUUCUUAUAAAUCAUGAAUUCGACGACUGUUUUCGUUUUUCGAAUCAAGAGAAUUUUGUUUCAAUCUUUUCUUCAUCAAUUAAAUUUAUUUUUCUUUUUCCGGCUUUUGUCAAUAUCAUCACGUUCAAAAUUAAACUGAAUAAAAUUACUUAAGAAAUGUUAAAAUGUAAA